AUGGCCUCCAAUAUUUUGGCAUUGAUCCUCUUGUUUUCUUCACUAAUAACCAUUAAUGCUUUUUCGUCACCUCAGGAAACCUCAAAUUUAGUAAUUAAUGAAGUCCACCAGAGCAUCAAUGCUUCUAGGAGAAACUUGGGUGAGUUUUCUUGCGGCACAGGCAACCCAAUAGACGACUGCUGGCGUUGUGACCCAAACUGGGACAUAAAUCGCAAACGUCUAGCUGACUGUGCCAUGGGUUUUGGAAGGAACGCGUUGGGUGGGCGGUUUGGUCUAUUUUACGUAGUUAAGGACCCUGGAAACGACGAUCCAGUGAACCCGGUUCCAGGGACACUUAGACACGCUGUGAUCCAAGAUGCACCGUUAUGGAUCAUCUUUGAGCGUGACAUGGUGAUACAAUUACGCCAAGAGCUCGUUAUGAAUUCUCACAAGACUAUAGACGGAAGGGGUGCAAAUGUGCAUAUUGGUAAUGGUCCAUGCAUUACUAUACAUAAUGCUGAAAAUAUCAUAAUACAUGGCAUUCAUAUACAUGAUUGUAAGCCGGCGGGGAAUGGUAACAUUAGAGAUUCACCUCAUCAUUCGGGUUGGUGGUUACCAUCCGAUGGUGAUGGGAUUUCUAUACUUGCAAGUAAAAAUAUCUGGAUCGAUCAUUGUUCGUUGUCUAGUUGUACUGAUGGACUCAUUGAUGUUAUACACGGAUCUACAGCCGUCACUAUAUCUAACAAUUACAUGACUCAUCAUGACAAAGUUAUGUUGUUGGGACAUAGUGAUAGUUUUACACUAGAUAAAGCCAUGCAAGUUACCGUUGCUUUCAACCAUUUCGGUGAGGGGCUUGUUCAAAGAAUGCCAAGAUGUAGACAUGGAUUUUUCCAUGUAGUGAACAAUGACUAUACACAUUGGGAAAUGUACGCAAUUGGUGGAAGUGCGGACCCUACCAUCUAUAGCCAAGGCAAUAGAUAUUUGGCACCAAAUACAAGAUUUGACAAGGAGGUAACCAAGCGCGAGAAUGCAGCGGAAAGUGAAUGGAAGAGUUGGAAUUGGAGAUCAGAAGGGGAUUUGAUGUUGAAAGGGGCGUAUUUCACUGAGUCAGGCGGAGAUCUUUCUUCACCAUAUAUAAAAGAUCCAAAUUUAAUUGCUAGACCAUCAACACUCGUGGGAGCAGUGACUCGGAAUGCGGGUGCACUUAUCUGCAGAAAAGGGUCUCGUUGCUGA